GGGCGAUAAAAACGUUUUUGGUAUAUACUUUAUAGCACUGUGAAACCAAGAUCGAUGCAGCCAGGUGUUUGAACAAGGUGUCCGUGUUUAGAAAAAUGAAGACAUACUUAGCAUGUUUUUUAGUAACCCUAUUGGGCCUAAGUGAAACACGCUUUGCAGAAAAUGCCGCCCUCGAUGAAUGCCUCGCAAAUCAGUCAAUAAAUGUACAACCGAGAUUGAGGAAACAUAUGCCAACCCAAGGUGAAGAUACAGUGGCCAGAGCAGUCAUAGAGAACCCAAGACGUUCGGCAAGUGAAAUGCCCAACCCCAGCAUAAAUAUAUUCACACAGUUCAACAAAACGUUCUUUGUGAUCGGUAACAGCAUUUUUUUGGGAACUAUGCACAAAGAGUUAAGCAUGGAGCCCUAUGGGGACUUUGAGCAUGGAAACCGGAAAAUCUUCAAGAGCUUUGAAUAUGAAAAAACUGGGUUCCUAGCAAUCAGCCACAAAUCGGAUAUAAAAUUCUACUUGUUAUAUGAGAACAGCACAACUCCAGAACUCAUACAGAAACUCUGGAGUCCGUAUAUUUCCGAUGGACGUUUUUUCACCAAUGCUGAUAACUUGUACUUUGUGUUGAGUUCAAACAUAAGCCAUCACAUAGGCCAUUUGACCUUUUAUAAAUGGAUGGGUUCAUACUUUGACCACAUUGAAGAAGUGCAAGCAACAGGGAUAAUCAAAAUUGACAGUUUUCCAUGGAGAUCAUCCGAAAUAUUUAUAGCUGAACGAAAAUUGCCGGGACUUAAGCUUAGGUCAUCAGUCUACGAGUUUAAAUAUGAUAAAGCAACGAAAAUACAGGAGCUAGACACUAACAACCCUUUCCAAAUGAAUAUAUUUAUCCAGAAACAUGUCCCCUAUGUUCUGAUUUAUGAAGAAUCCCACAGACAGCGGCUGUUUAAAUGGACUGGUUUCGAAAUGGUCGCCGUAAAGAAAUUCGAGUGGAAACAUGAAGUCAAUAAUUCAAUGGUUGUUUACAGUAACUCGAUACCAUUAAUUGUGCACCCACAACUGGAGAAAGUAAUGUUCUUCAAGGCUGAAAAUGAAGAUAUCGUGCUUCACCAGACAAAAAGAUACGUAGUGAACUUUUCAAUUAUAUCGGACAUCAACAAAGGCCAAAAUGAAAAAGGCAAUAUAACUUUUAUAGCGGGUUUAAGCGAAGAUUACACGAUAAACAUCUAUGGGAUGUAUGUCGAGGCACACGCUGAAAUGGAGCGAGAACAAGGCGAACCACUAAGGAACUGUUUCAAUAAUUUAGCCGAAAAGGUUUACGAUCCAAGGAGCAAACUAAAUCAAGCAAAUGUUCAUUCAAGUCCCAGAAAAAGACAAACGAAUAUUGAUUCUACAAUUAAUGGUACAGACAUAACUAUUCAGUUUAACAACCUAGAUAAACGACUUAAGCGAGUUAAGGAGCUUAUAAACAACCCCGAAAACUUCCCAAACGAGUUUGUGGUCAACAGUAAAGCAGUUAUCAAAGGCAGCAUUAAGGCAAAAAAUAUAAUUGGCAAUCAUUUGAGGUUUGAUACAAUAAACGGGAAACCCUGGACACCAGAAUUGUGGCUACAGUCGGAUGGGAAGCAAAUUAUAACUGGAGCUGUUUGGAUUAGAAACUUGAAGUCAAAAAUUCUAGUAGCUAAUGGAACAACCGCCAACAUCUUUAAAGAUCUUCUCAGAUCAAAUUCCACUCAAAAAAUAACUGGAAAAUUCAAAAUUAAAAAGUUGGUUGCAUCCGAAAUAAGUGCAAAAACAAUUAAUAAUAUCGAAGUGAACCAAAUUUACAAGAAAAAUGAUUCAGUGAUAAUCAAGGGUGUUAAAUCAUUUAACAAUGUGUCAUCCAAAAACGCAACAGUGAGCAAAAUUAACGGGAAAGAUGCACAGGAUGUUCUUCGAAAGCUGAAUCAACCCAACAAUCUUGUUUUUGCCUCAAAUAUCACUAUAGAAAAACUUGAAGUAGAAACCAUCGACAACAUCACCUGGAACCACUUGAAAGAAACACUGUUUAAGAUUGGAAAGGAUCACACAAUUUUUGGCAAUAUAAGCGGCCCAAAAUUUACAACAACCCACUUGAAAGCAGGCAGAAUAAACGGUGUGGACCCCAAAAAUUUUAUGACUACUUCUACUGAUCAAAUAAUCAACUCUACGAUCCAGUUCAACAAUAUUCAGGCAUUCAAGCUGGAUUCUAAGCUGAUAAAUGGUCAGAAUCCGGCAAAUUUUGCGCACAUUGACCAGAAUGUAACUGUUAAGGGUCCUGUGAAAAUUCAAAACAUAGCAGUUGAAAAUAAUUUGAUUAUCCGUGAUAAGGAUAACAGUUUUACCAAUAAAACUGAAUUGCAUCAGCGAUACCACGGCAAAAUUACUGUUCACGGAAAUCUAUACGUGAAUAACUUUUCAAUUUCACCCAACACCACCGUGACUCUUAAUGGAAACACAUUCCCAAUGGAAGCCUUAAACCAAUAUUGGACCAAAGAUGGCAAUCAAACCAUACCCACGCAACUUGAAGCCCAAAAAGGAAUAACAGUUCCUCAUUUGCAAACUAAAUAUCUGAACAACGUUCCCAUGGAACGUUUUGCGGUGAAUAGCAACAAAACCCAAAUCAAAGGCCCGUUGGUGUUCAAAAACGCUACAGUUUACGGAAAUGUCGUUCUGCACAAAACUGCAAUCACUCAGUCAUUUAAUCUCUCGAAACUCGCGUUUGAAGCUGUAAAAAAUGACGGGAAACCAUAUCAUAUUAAAGGCAAGAAGACUUUCCGUAACACUCUGGUGGCAAACCGUUUGUCAAGUCCUGCAAAUGUAACUCUAUAUACCAACCAAUUGUCGGGCAUCAACAAGUUUAAAAGAGUCACUGUUGAAGGUGAUGUAGUUGGAAACGUUCAUACAGAGCUAAUCAAUAACAUAAAUAUCACCAAAUUAAUGGAAAAUGUACUAUCUUUGGAUAGAUCUCAAAACUUAAGUCACAUGGCAUUUAAAAGAGUGGCCGUUGAGAAUUUACGCGUCGAAAGGAUUAAUGGAAUUAAUGUAACUAAGUACAUGACUAUUUUGGAAGGUUUGCUAAAGAGCAAACACUUCAAGCAAAUCAACAUAAAAGGAAAUGUAACGCUGCAGCAAAUUCAAGACCUGAAGACCAUAAAUGCGCAUGAUAUCCGCCAAUUGCUUGAAAAGCAGCAAUCUGAAAUCAACCAAGAAGUCACCUUUCUAGGUGAUGUCAAGUUUUCAGGCAAAGCAAACAUAACAAAUCUGAAAACUCGCAUAAUAAAUGGAAUCGACUUUCUUAAUUUAACCAGAAGACAUUUCCAUAAAAUCUCCAAUCAAACCGUUUCUGGAAAAUACACUUUUACCACCCUAAAAACUAACCAAUUAUAUACCAAACGGAUCAACGAUAUGAAUGUAGAGAAUCUUAUUGACAUAUCGUCGAAAAAACCUCAGCGACUUUCGGCCCCACUGGGUAUAAUACUGAAAAAUGCCACUUUCAAAAAAUCGAUCAAAUCUAACGAUAUGUGGCCAUGUGAUAUACAUAAAGCAAUGGACAAUAUUCGCUACCCUCAAACACAAGAAUGGAAUUCGGUUGAAAUUAUCGGAAAUGUUUCUUUCCUAGACAAAACUUGUGAUUUGAUGCGAAUUAUUGAAAAGAGUGUUAAAAAAACCAAACGAAAUAUCAUUCUCGCCCCAGUACACAUUACAGAACAUGUUCUGGCUGAUCACGUCCGAAUAGAAAACCUGUUGAGCAACAUUAAUCUAACAGAUCUAAUCAACGACGUGGUGUUGGCGGAUUCAGACGAAGAACAGAUAAUAACUGGCCAUAAAACAUUUAGCAAUCAUAUAAGUGCUGAUUAUGUAACUAUAACGGAAAACGCCGAUAUCCCUUUCGUUAACCGUGUGUACAUACCAGAACUUUAUCGAAGAAUUAUUCGAAAAGAUGAAAUUAAUAACGUUACAAUUUUGGGACGUAAAACGUUCUUUGCAGGACUGCAGGCUGACAGAGUGUUUGUUGAUAAUGUUGGCCAACUGAAACCAGAAAACAUUGUAACUUUGGCUAAUUUACGUGAAAUUCCCAAUGCCAUAUUUGACGCCAUAGAAAUCACUAAUGAUCUAAAUGUUGAAUUUAUUAACAACUAUAACAUCAGCGAUGUUUUGGCCAAUAGAGUGUUGAUCAACACUACGAAAAAACAGAUUGUACACUCAGUCUGCUACUUCGAUGAUUUGGAAGUAUCAGGUGAUCUAACAACACCAGUCAUCAACAACGUAAACCUUAAAGAUGUGGUAUUCGAUAUUGGCGAGCAGAAAAUAAAUUCCUUGAAGAAGUUUCAACAGGAUAUUAUGAUCUUCGGAAACCUCGCUACUGAGAAUAUUAACGGCAUUAACAUCACAGAAGCCUACAAAAAUGCAGUAUUGCCUGGAAGCAGUGACAUCGUUGUUGGAUCCAUUACGCGCCAAAAGUCAGAGAAAUUUAUUGGCAAUAUUGAUGCGGUACCCGAAAAUACCAAAGAAAUAAUGAAUAACCCAGCUAACAAUACUGAAAAACUAAAGAUUCUCGCUAUGAGUCCCGAGAUCAAAUCCAUCAUUGAAGAAUCCUUGCCCAAAGUGAAACAUAUGCCGAAGGAAUUAAUGUAUAUUGAAAAAUCGGAAGAUCUUCAAAUUGGAAUCCAAAAUGCGAUCGAUGCUAGAGUGACAAAAAUUAAAGACUACACUCUAAUUUAUAUCAUUAGUGAAGAAUCGCAUGAUCAAUGCAGUUUGCCCGAAGGAUGCAAGUGUCUGAUUCAGCAUACAUUGGAGGUAUCCCCUCAUCUUUCAGUAGCCCUAAUUUCGAGUGAAGCACGCCAGAGGACUUAUAGUUACGAUACUGAUACUCUCACUAUACACGUACAAACUAGCAGUAUCAGCACUGAUAAGCGUUGCAGAGCUAAUAGCACUGAUGAUAUUUCAACUCUGCAUUGGAGCACAAGAAGCAGCAAUAUCAGCGAUACAACUAAUACUUAUCCAGUCAUGUUUACCGGAUAUCUGAGAGCAGUUGAGUUCUUUACUCUAGGUGGAACUACUUAUGCUGUCCUAGCGCUAUAUUACGACCCAAUCACCGAUACUCACGACUUAAAUUGUACAAUAAUUCGUUUCAAAGAUGAUAAGACAAGUGCCUCAGAAAUUCAACAAAUCGAAACCCAUCGAGCCUCGACUUUGCAUAUACUACACACUGCUCAGGGCGUCAUUAUGAUCAUCGGAAACGUGGCCGAUCAGUCGUAUACGAAAAUAUAUAAGUUUAAUGAUGACCUUCAAAAGUUUGAACUUUUGAGAAGCCUUUCUUUCGGCUGCACCAAGGCAGUGGGCGUAGUGCUGCGUACGGACAGUUUAAUAAUCUUAGCCAAUGAAGAUGCGUCCUUGCAAGUUCUGAGAUACCAUCCGAAUUUUAAUAACUAUUACUUCUACCAAGCGCUUCAAGUUGCGGAACCUGUACUUGGCAUAUCCGUGUUUUAUAUUGGAGAUUUUGGUACAAGUGAUGCAUAUCUUUGCAUUAUAACCGAGGACAAUUACCGAAUAUACUCAUUCCAAUACAUCGACGGUUGGAAACUUGAAUCAAGAGGGUUAAUUAGAGGCCUUAGAAACUUGAUACCAGUCGAGAUUGAACAUCAGCUCUAUCUAUUUGCAGCCUCAACUAAGCAAAGUUCUUUGCUGAAGGUUGCUCAAUUCGGCGCUUUACGUUAAAACACAACUUUUCCAUAAAACUUUUUAGUGUUUAUUUGUUAAAUAUGUUUAUUUAUUUCGUUAAUUAAAGUCUUUGUUUAC